ACUCGCAGGAAUGGCACAGCACUGACAGCGAGAGGCGAGGCAGAGGAGGAAGACGGCACCGGAUCGGAGAGGCACACGCACACAAGCACACACCAAACUCCCCCCACCACCCCCAGCAAGCCACGUUUUGGGGGCAGUUUGGAAUGCAGCUGUAAAGGAUGAGUUUAUGUGCUGAGAUCUGCCAGUCAGAGAAUUCUAACUAUAAUGGAGAGGGGUUACAUCAGCGCUAUGGAGUCCGAUCAUAUCUGCAUCAGUUCUAUGAAGACUGUACGGCAUCAAUCUGGGAGCAUGAGGAUGACUUUCAGAUUAAGAGAUCCCCAAGCAAGUGGAGCUCUGUUCUCUGGAAGGUCGGACUUAUGGCUGGGACUACAAUACUUCUUAUAGGAAUGGCAGUGAUCGCAGCUGGUUACCUGGUAUCUCCAAAGAUUGAAGCAUUUGGAGAAGAGAAGGAGAAUUUUCUGGUAGUGGAUGGUCAUGCUGUUAAGUUCAACGUGGCACUGGACAUCUGUAAGCUGGCAGGGGCCAUCCUCUUUUGCAUUGGGGGGAUGAUGAUGGCUGCUUGCCUCUUGAUGUCCACCUUUGCCACGAGUUAUUCCAAGGAAGAAAAAUACCUUCAACAGAAGUUUAAAGAGAGAAUUGCAGAAGCCCAAGCUUCCUUCCAGCCCGUCACUAAGGCACCAGCUCCAGGUUUACGUAAAAUCCCCAUCACUUUAUCCAAAGUACACAAUGUACAGCCCACACUGGAGAGCUAAAGUGCAAAUAUUAAGCAUUGCAAAGGCCAUUGUAAAUUAGCUAUACCAGAACAAAUCUUUAAAUGUUUUAUCAAUUUUUUAUAGAGGUUUAGUGUUCAACUGCUAAAGUGCAGAUACAUGCCUUCAUUCAGUGAUUUAUAUUAGAAUCUCAGUUGAGAUUCAGAUUUGCAUUUCAGUUGUACAUUCACCAUGUAAUGUGGACUGGAUAUACUUGUUUACCCCAGAAAAUCUGUUGGCCAACAUCAGAGUACAGAUAGUCUCUUGAAAGCUCCAACUUGCAAAUGAUUUUGUUUCCGAGUCGAAUGUGAAACAGCUUUUAUGUGUAUUUAAAAUUAAUUAAAUAAAGUAUG